CACACCGGCUCCCUCUUUGUCCCUCCGUGAGCCUGGGAAUGGGUGUGAUCUCCGAGUAGGAGUGUCUCUGCAGUUAAGUAGAGGAUUGAAUUACUGAACGCUGCCGUUCCCGAGCUGACAAGGUAGCAGAACAGCAAACAAAAGUGCCUCGAAACUAGCUGGCGAAAGAGGAGAGAAAGCGCUGGCUUCGGCAGAGAAGGGAGACCCGCGAGGAUACCGCGUGCUUUCCAGCAAGGUCUUGUUGUCGUCUCGUGGAUAGAUCUGCUAAUGGCUGAACUGCUGGGCUGUUUUGCUCUGUCAGACUGCAGGAUGACAGACAGUGACACAAAUCUCCCAACUAUUGAGAGAAAGCUGGGACUGCAGAUAUGGGGCAUAGAGAAUAUGAAGAUGGUUCCUGUACCUGAAAAGGCUUAUGGGACUUUUUUUGAAGGAGACUGCUAUAUAAUUCUGCACACCAAAAGAACCUCUCACGGCUCCGCUGUGGAUUUGCAUUACUGGAUUGGCAAGGAUUCAUCCCAGGAUGAGCAAGGGGCCGCGGCCCUGUAUGUCACCCAGCUGGACAACGCGCUCAGGGGGAACCCCGUGCAGCACCGAGAAGUGCAGGGACACGAGUCUGAGACCUUCCAAAGUUAUUUCCGCAACGGCAUUAUCUACAAGAAGGGUGGAGUGGCUUCAGGAUUUAAGCAUGUGGAGACCAAUAUGUACAACAUCAAGCGUCUUCUUCAUGUCAAGGGGAAGAAGCAUGUGUCAGCCACAGAGGUAGCACUUUCCUGGGACAGUUUCAAUAAGGGUGACGUUUUCUUGCUGGACCUCGGGAAAGUGCUGAUUCAGUGGAACGGCCCCAGCUGCAGCAUUGCUGAGAAAUCCAGGGGUCUCGUGCUGGCUCGCAGCAUCAGGGACAGCGAAAGAGGUGGCCGCGCUCAGAUCGGCAUUAUUGACAACGAGAAGGACUCCCCAGACCUCAUGCAGAUCAUGAAGAUGGUGCUGGGUGAGAGGCACGGGGAGCUCCGAGACGCCAUCCCCGAUGCGAAAGCAGACGAGCUGCAGAAAGCAAAUGUCCGGCUCUACCAUGUCUACGAGAAGGACAAUGACCUGGUGGUACAGGAGAUAGCCACCCGACCCCUGACGCAGGAUCUGCUCCAGCACGAGGACUGCUACAUUUUAGACCAAGGUGGGUUUAAGAUUUACGUCUGGAGAGGAAAAGCCUCCAGCCUGGAAGAGAAAAAAGCAGCCUUCACUCGAGCUGUGGGUUUUAUCCAAGCCAAAGGCUAUCCUUCAUCCACCAACAUUGAAGUGAUCAGUGAUGGAGCAGAGUCAGCCAUGUUUAAACAGCUCUUCCAGAGGUGGACGGAAAAGGAUGAAACGCAAGGACUGGGCAAAGUCUACACUACUGGCAAAAUUGCCAAGGUGGAGCAGGUGAAGUUUGACACCACUCAGCUCCACGCCAGACCGGAGCUAGCUGCUGAGCAGAGAAUGGUAGAUGAUGCCUCUGGGGAGAUAGAGGUGUGGAGGAUUGAGGACUUGCAAAUGCAGCCAGUGGAUCCCAAGACAUAUGGGCAGUUCUAUGGGGGUGAUUGCUACCUGGUCCUGUACACCUAUCUGAGAUCAGGCAGGCCUCACUAUGUCCUCUACAUGUGGCAGGGUCGCCAUGCCUCUGUGGAUGAAAUCACCGCCUGUGCCCUCAAUGCCAUCGAGCUGGACAAAAAGCAUGGGGACGAGGCAGUGCAGGUGCGCGUGACGAUGGGCAAGGAGCCCACACACUUCCUGGCGAUCUUCAAGGGCAAGCUGGUCAUUUACGAGGGCGGCACGAGCCGGGCUCAGAAAAUCACGCCCGAGCCGGCGAUCCGCCUCUUCCAGGUGAGGGGCACGGACGAGAUGAACACAAAAGCCACGGAGGUGCCAGCCCGGGCCUCCUCGCUCAACUCCAACGACGUCUUUCUGCUGUCGACCAGCCAAGUCUGCUACCUGUGGUGCGGGAAGGGAUGCAGCGGAGAUGAGAGGGAGAUGGCAAAAAUGGUAGCUGACAUCGUUUCCAAACGGGACAAGCACACCAUUUUGGAAGGACAAGAGCCCGCAGAGUUCUGGGAAGCCUUGGGAGGCAAAGCACCUUACGCCAGUGAAAAGAGGUUUCAAGAGCAGAUCACACACUACCAACCUCGCCUCUUUGAGUGCUCCAACCAGACGGGUCGAUUCAUCAUGACAGAGGUGGUGGGCUUCUGCCAGGAAGACUUGGAUGAAGAUGAUGUCAUGCUGCUAGACACAUGGGAAGAGAUUUUCCUUUGGGUUGGCAAAGCCUCCAACACAUACGAGAGGAAUGAAGCAAUUGCUUCGGCUAAGGAGUAUCUGAAGACCCAUCCGGCAGGGAGAGACUUGGCAACUCCGAUAAUACUGGUGAAGCAGGGCUAUGAACCCCUCAACUUCACAGGAUGGUUCAACGCUUGGGACCCCUACAAAUGGAGCGAUGGCAAGUCUUAUGAGGAGAUGAAGAACAGCUUAGGAGAGAUGUCGGCUAUAUCCGAGAUCAAAGUGGACCUUAAUAACAUCAGCCUGAACAAGAAAACCCUCAGCAUGACCAACUUGGCAGGUUCAAGUAUGGCAAGUGCUUCCCCUGAGUAUAAAUCGCACUUCAACCACAGUGACAGCAACAGCUACAGCAAUAGCAGCACCUACAACAGCAGCCCUUGCGUGGUGCCCAACGGCGAAGGAAUUUACUCCCGAGAGGUGCUGAUGAACAAGACGGUGGAUGAACUUCCAGAAGGCGUGGAUCCUACUAAAAAAGAGUACUAUCUCUCUGAUGCUGAUUUCCACGAUAUCUUUGGGAAGUCCAAGGACGAGUUCUACCAGAUGCCCAAAUGGAAGCAGCAGAACGAGAAGAAGCAGUGUGGACUCUUCUGAGACCACAGGGGCCAUCCAGCUUCCAGUGACUCUGGGACCAACCCUCGCUCUCUUAGGAGCUGCAGGGAAGAAGUACAGACAUUUGCUCAAUGAACCCAACCCAACACCUCAAUCAGGCCAAGCUCCAGUGCAGUUAUUCCAGCAGCCACUGUUCAGGGGACGGCUCCUUUCUCCCUGCAAACCCUGAACCUAAGGAGGCAGGAAUGUUUCUUCUGCAGGAACGACUUUGCAGGAUGUUUUUGCCUCUUUUUGACACUUUAUUGCUGAUAGCCAUGAAGACAAGUGUGUGUCACACAACUGUACUGUAGCGUCUUCUUUCCUCUCCAUUUUGCAAAUUGCCCCAUGCACAAGGUCAUGAUCUUCCUUAAUUUGUAGAAGUUUAGAAUUAGGCAAGACAAAGGCUGCUUGCAGCUGCUAUGUAAAUUCUGGGUGGGGAGAGGAGGGGGAAGCCCUAGAAGGACAGAGGGGGAGCCCUGAGUUCAGGAAAAAGGUAAUGGAGUAGCCAGAUGUGUGAUGGGGUAGCCCAUGACAUGACACCAGCCAGUUCUGCCCCUUCUUACCUUGCAGAAAAACUACUCGCCAAAGAACAGCAAGAAUCAGUUGUAGACUAACAUGGCUAGCCCAGUGCAGGUAAAACAAAUGAGAACCUGGCUUGGAAAAAACCCACUUAUUUAGAACAUAUUUAUUAGCCAAUCUAUUUCAAGAGGAUGAUGAGAUUUAGGGCUAGACAUAGCUGUUGAUUUUGACUCUCUUUUUUUUCUCAUUCAGAUAUAGCAUCUCCAAUCUCACCUAGCCUCCAUGUGCACAACUGGCAUGUGCAGGUGAUCGUAAAAGUCCACCUGCCUGCAGACGAGAGGCUUGAAGAAGCCAGGAGGGAUUUGGGUAUGACCUGAGGCAGAGUGUGUCCCAUGGAGGGUUUUGUCAGGGCUUCAUCCCUGUGAUGUCCUUUGGGCUGAGAGCGCCCAGUCCACACUGCAAGCUCAGUCUGAUUGGGGAGGGGAGGGGGAAAUGUGAGCGAUCAGUGAUUAAGGGAUAUAAAUACUUUUCAUUCUCUGUAAACAAAAGAAGGAAACAUGUAUGUUUAAAAACUCAGAGGUGUGGUUUUGCAGCUUUACUCCAUUUCCAGCCUGAUCGGUGAUUCCAAAUAAACAGCCAACCAGCAGCA